AUGCUCUCAAAUCUGCGCAUAAAUUUGGAUUUGGAAAUUAACACUACAUUAAUCACAUGUGACCGUUCUAAUAAAGAUUUUGAUAUAUGCAUCAUGAAUGGUCCAACCCUUUUAGAUCAAACUUCAUUAACUCUCUUUACCUUGAACCUAAAUACAAGAACUCAACCUCACAUCCAUGAGAAAAUUCAUCCUUAUCCUCUCAAAAAUAGUAAAGAUGCAAUGUCUUCCAUCAGUGAAUUUACUCUCACAUCAUAUCCACAAAAAUAUCCAUCUCAAUGUGGUGUCACACAUCAUAGACGAGCACUAAUAUUUAGUGGGAGUGGAUACACCGGAAACUUCUACCAUGAUAUGAAUGAAAUUUUCAUACCUCUUUUUAUCACCAUCAAUUCAUUAUCUCCUGAUGAAGAUGUAAUACCUGUAAUAAUAGACAGUAAGGCUUGGUGGUUGAAAAAGUAUGAUGAUCUAUUAUCUGUAUUUAGUCCUCAAUACAUGAUCAUCGAAACAAAUAACCUUACAACCACACAUUGUUUUCCCUCAGCAAUUGUAGGUUUGAUAAAGCAUGGACAAUUGAUCAUAGACCCUAAAUUGUUACCAUACCCUAAAACUCUCUUUGAUUUUCAUGCAUUUCUAAAAAGUGCAUAUAUAAAAAAUGACAUCUCAUUAAUGUAUUCCGAUAAUACGGAUAGGCCUCUUUUAACAUUGGUGAGUAGAAAAGGAAAUUCGCGUGCGAUUUUGAAUCAACAAGAAGUCAUCAAGUUAGCUGAAGAUAUAGGGUUCAACGUACAUGCUUUAGAGACAACAAGAGACUCCUCAGUAGCCGAUACUUAUAGGUUGAUUCAUUCGAGCCAUGUAAUGUUAGGGGUGCAUGGUGCAGGUCUAACAAAUUUAUUAUUUCUUAGACAAGGUUCGGUGUUGGUUCAAAUUGUGCCUAUUGGACUCGAGUGGGCUUCAGAAACUUACUAUAACAAACCAACGAGGAUUUUGGGAUUGGAAUAUGUUGAGUACAAAGUAGAGGCAAAUGAAAGUAGCUUGUCUUGGAAAUAUGGAGCUGAUAGUUUAGUGAUUAAAGAUCCAGAAACUUUUCGUGAUGGAAAAUGGGCUAAUCAACUCGUGUACUUGAAGAAACAAAAUGUGAUAAUUGAUUUAGUUAGAUUUAAAAAAUGCUUGACAGAAGUGUAUAAAAAAGCUAAAUUAUUUAUGAGUACUAGUACUAGUUAG